AAAUUUUUAUUUUGAAAUUAAAAGCAUACAAUCCAUUUUGUUUUGAUAAUUUUUCCAUAUUUUAAAUUUAUUAUAAAUGAUUUGUUUUUAAAGUAAUGAAAGUCAAAACUGUGAAGGGAGCGUAUAAGAUUAGAGGGUACGCGUUCGGCCUUCCACCAACUCCCCUCGCCGGCCGUCUUCAUCAUCUUCUUCCUUCCUCACCAGAAACACUUGAAGAAAAUGGAUCCGAAAAGCUCCCGAAGUGAAAUUCAAGAACCAGAAGAACAAGAAGUUGAAGAGCAGCAGAAGAUCCAAUCUUUUGCUCCUCAUCUCCCCAUUGCGUCCAUUUCCCUAUCCUUAUCCACAAUCCUCCCUUCCCAUUUCCUCAAUCCGCCCAAAAUCUUCGCCCAACCCGCCGCCACUGUCAAAGUCCCCACCCAAAUCUCCUCNCCCCUCUUCAAAUCCACUCUCUCCGCGAACCCCCUCCACAGCACUCUCCCCCUCAACCCUCUCCGCCCCUCCGACCCCUCCGGCGCCGCCGCCGCCCGCCGCUCCUCCAUCGUCUGGUUCCGCAACGAUCUCCGCGUCCACGACAACGAGUGCCUCAAUUCCGCCAACAAUGAGUCCAUGUCGGUCCUUCCCGUCUACUGCUUUGACCCCAGAGACUACGGCAAGUCCUCCUCCGGGUUCGACAAGACUGGCCCUCACCGCGCUACCUUCGUGAUUGAGUCUGUUUCUGACCUCAGGAAGAACCUCGUGGCGCGGGGGUCCAAUCUCGUGGUCAGAGUCGGAAAGCCCGAGACUGUCCUCGUCGAACUGGCUAAGGCGGUUGGGGCGGAUGCAGUGUAUGCUCAUAGGGAGAUUUCGCACGACGAUGUUAAGGCAGAAGAUAAGAUUGAGAAGGUGAUGAAGGAGGAGGGGAUUGAUGUGAAGUUCUUCUGGGGAAGCACAUUGUACCAUGUUGAUGAUUUGCCCUUCAAGCUGGAGGAGAUGCCCACGAAUUACGGUGGGUUUAGGGAGAAAGUUAAGAGCUUGGAGGUUCGGAAGACCAUUGAAGCUCUGGAUCAGUUGAGGGGAAUGCCGAGCAGAGGGGAUGUAGAAACUGGAGACAUUCCUUCUUUGGCUGAUUUGGGCCUCAACCCGAGUGCUGCUCCGAGCCAGAAUGGGAGGCCUUCUGCAAAUGCUUCCCUUGCUGGAGGGGAGACAGAAGCAUUGCAGAGGGUUAAGAAAUUCGCUGCGGAAUGCGAAGCUCAACCACCCAAGAAUGAAGAAAACCACCAGGAUAGCAUAUACGGUGCAAACUUCUCCUGCAAGAUAUCUCCGUGGCUUUCAAUGGGAUGCCUCUCCCCUCGUUCCAUGUUUGACGAGCUGAAGAAGUGCGCCUCAAAAAAACUUUCUGCUGCAUCUAAGAUGGAAGAUGGUGGCAAUGGCAGUACUAGAGUGAACUGGUUGAUGUAUGAGCUGAUGUGGAGAGAUUUUUUCAGAUUCAUCACCAAGAAAUACAGCACUGCUAGACAAAGCAGCACCGCUCCGGUCACCGUAUGUACAGCUGCUGCAGUAUCUUGAAGCGGAGAAAAAAACCAUUCCGGGCCUUUCUGCUUUUGUUAUUGCUUGAUGAAUAUGGGGUGUAAUGAAAGAAUGAAUGAAUGAGGUUUUC